AUGCUGAACCUCUUGAUUUUGUCCCUCUCAGGGCCCGGAAGAGCAAACGAGGAGGAACGGGAGUGGCGGAUUGUGCUUGUGGGGAAGACGGGAGGAGGGAGAAGUGCCUCCGGGAACACCAUUCUGGGGGAAAAGAGGCUGAAGUCUGAACUUUCGCCAAAGCCAGUGACCCAGACAUGCAUCAAGGAAGAACGGGCAGAGAACUGGAAGGGGAAGAGGAUUGCCAUCAUCGACACUCCCAACAUCUUUGAUGCUGGUCUCCAAGAACCACAGAAAUCCCAGGAGAUCCAGAAGUGCCGAGAUCUGGCCAAGCCUGGACUUCACGCUCUGGUGUUUGUGACCCAGGUUGGCCGUUUCACUGAGGAAGACAUCGUGGCUUUGAAGAAGGUGGAGGAGUUCUUUGGCCAGGAGGCCACAAAGUACAUGAUUGUCCUGUUCACCCGCAAGGAAGACUUGGACACAGAGGAUGGCCUAGAAGAUUAUGUAGAGACAUCGGGCAACCCAGCCUUGCAGGAUUUGGUCAAGCGAUGCCAGGGUCGAUGCUGUGCCUUCAACAACAAAUUGACAGGGGAGGAAAGGGCCCGCCAAGCCACAGAGCUGCUCUCUCUGAUUGAGAAGAUGGUGCGGCAGAAUCAGGACAGGCCGUAUCUCAUGGAAUUUCCUGAGGAGAUGGAAGUGCAGACAGCAGAUGGGGCAUCUUCAGAGGAAAGUGAAUCAGGGGCGUCUGCAAGGAAACGUGACAAAAAGGAGCCCCCCAAACCAGACACCGAACUGAGGAUUGUCCUCAUUGGGAAAACCGGAGUUGGGAAGAGCGCCACAGGAAACACCAUCCUGGGACAGAAAAACUUUGUGUCUACCUUGUCACCCACAUCAGUGACAAAAACAUGUGAAAAGAAGGAGACUGUAAUUGAUGGCAGGAAAAUGGUGGUUGUUGACACUCCUGGAUUUUUUGACUCCAAUGUCACACCGGAAGAAACUUCCAAGGAAGUUGAAAAGUGUGUAAAAUGGUGCUCCCCAGGUCCACACGUAAUUAUACAAGUCAUGCAGGUGGGUCGUUUCACUCGGGAGGAAAAAAACGUGGCUCAGUUAAUCCACAAUAAUUUUAACUUUAAUGUAAAGGAUUACAUGAUCAUUCUGUUCACCCACAAAGAUGCUCUAGAAGGAAAGCCUUUGAAGACAUUCUUAAAUGAAGGAGAUGCAACUCUUUGGGAGCAGACUGAGCGAUGUGGGG